AUGCGUUUCUCCAUUGUCUCCGUCUUGGCUCUUGCCGCCAGCGUCCAGGCCAUGCCAGCGGUUAGCCCUCGCUCAGAGACCGGCUGCCGCGUUGCUCUGAAGGCGACUCUCGCGAAGCCCCAGAAGGCCGCAGAGGACAUCCUGCUCUACUCCAUGUCCAAAUGGACGAAGAGCACUGGAACCUCCGACUUCUCAUCAAACUACAUGGACACGAAAAACACCACUGCAGCCCCCUACUCGAUCGUCUUCAAGGCCAACAUGAUUCCGGGCUACGAGACUGACGCCGAGAUCAGGGCUGUGCUGGAUACCUGGGUUGGCACUUACAUUAUUGGCGGCGAAACUGCGCAGAACAACUGGGAGGUCACUGGUGUGGCGUGCUCGUGA